CCGCAGGCUUUCCUUCAUAACAAACGUCGAUGUGCACUAUGGCAGUGUCUCCCGAUGAUAGCUGCACCAUCCCUUUAAACAUAUCACCAGAUGCAUGUCUCGAGGCCGUGGCUAAGAUCCUGGUCGCACAUGCGGGACAAGCUGUGUACGCUUACGAACGCGAAUCGAUAUGGCACGUCGGUGUGGACAGCAAAGCAUUUUUCACUAUCGAUCCGCAUGGCGAAACGGCAACAAUCGAGACGGACGCCGCUCGCUCCUCUACUAAAAUAACUGGAGAUAUUAAGAAGGUUAUUGCGGCCUUCACUUGUCGCUAUGCCCAGGACGGGGGAAUGAUAUUCGGCCAGAUCGGCUUCAACUACUCUGCUUACAUCAAUGGUGUCAAGUUUGAGCCGGGCUCCUGGCCAUUGGUCAGUCUUUUUGUCCCGCGGUUGCAAGUCCGUGUUCAGAAGGGCGCGGUCUCGCUCCGUAAUUGGACAGAAAAAGAUUUGCAAGUCAUCAAAACAGCACUCUCCCAUUCUGUUCCCAUAUUCUAUAAGUACGGCCGGCCAGACGAGUCAACAAAUGGAGAGCCGUAUCGGGAUGUCGUGCAGCAAGUACUAAGCGAGAUCGGCAGAGGCUUGUAUCAAAAAGUCAUUGCCUCUCGGGCUAUAGAUCUAUUGUACAAGGUCGACAUGGUCGGAACUCUGGUAUGCGGACGACGCGCCAACACGCCUAGACGCGCAUUUCUGGUUGACCAUCACGGCUUCAGCGCUACUGGAUUCAGUCCUGAGCUUGUCAUGUCUUUUCAGGAUGGCAAAGUCACCACUGAGCCACUUGCCGGAACUAGGGCAAAUGUAGGCACCGAAAAGGAGCGAUCGCGGCUACAGAAUGAUCUCCUCAAUGACCCUAAGGAGGUCAUGGAGCACAUUAUCUCAGUCCAGGAAGCAAUGCGGGAAAUGAAUCAGUUUUGUGCAGAUGGCACUGUGGCCGUGGCCGAUCUCAUGUCUGUGAAGCAACGUGGAAAGGUGCAGCACUUAGCUUCCACAGUCACUGGAACUCUCUGCCCGUCUAAGGGCGUAUGGGACGCUUUUCACGUAUUAUUCCCAGCAAUUACGGCUACCGGUAUUCCUAAAAUGAAGGCCAUUGAGGCCAUCCAUCGCCUAGAGACUCGCCCCCGCGAACUCUACUCGGGAGCUGUUCUGCUUUUUGAGGGAUCCAAAUCAGUCGAGGCAUCAUUGGUCCUUCGCUCGGUCUUUCAAGAUUCUGAACGUAGCUGGCUGCAAGCAGGAGCAGGAAUCAUAGCCUUGUCGACCCCGGAUCGGGAGCUUACAGAAACGUGUGAGAAGCUGCGAAGCGUUGCUCCCUUCGUGAUGUCGAUCAGAGAAGAAGCACGGUAG